AUAUCUUACCAAAGUCUCCUAAAUGCUACUAAUAGAUUUUCUUUUGAUAAUCUAAUUGGUGUGGGUAGUUUUGGGUCAGUGUAUAAAGGAACUCUUGAUCAAUAUAGACAUGCAGUUGCUAUCAAGGUGUUGAAACUUGGGCGCCAUGGAGCUUCCAAAAGUUUCAAAGUCGAGUGUGAGGUUCUAAGAAACACCAGACAUCGAAAUCUUGUACAAUUGCUCACAGCAUGUUCGAGCAUUGACAAUCAAGGUCAUGAUUUUAAGGCUUUGGUAUACGAGUUCCUAGGAAAUGGCAACCUAGAUGUGUGGUUACAUCCAACUCCAAGAACAAAUGAUGCUCUUGAGAAACCAAGAAAGUUGAGUUUUCUUCAAAGAUUGAAUAUCGCUAUUGAUGUUGCUAGUGCAUUGGAUUAUCUUCAUUAUCAUUGUGAAACACCAAUUGUUCAUUGUGACCUCAAGCCCAGUAAUGUUCUUCUUGAUGAUGAAAUGGUUGGACAUGUAAGUGAUUUCGGCUUGGCAAGAUUCCAUCAUGAUAUUAUCCAAGAUUCUUCUACUAAUCAAUUAAGCUCCAUUGGGAUUAGAGGAACGAUUGGUUAUACUCCUCCAGAGUAUGGAAUGGGAAAUGAGGUAUCAAUAUAUGGUGAUGUUUAUAGUUAUGGUAUAUUAUUAUUAGAGAUGUUCACUAGAAAAAGACCAACGGAUAACAUGUUCCAUGAUAACUUAAGUCUUCGUGACUUUGUCAAAGAAACUUUGCUGGAACAAAUAAUUGACAUUAUAGAUCCUGCUGUUCUCGGGGAAAGACAAAAGGGAGAAAGAAGGAUGAAUGACACUUGUAAUGGGAAUCGAAAUGGAAGUUUCAAAAUACAUGAAUGCUUGAUUUUGAUACUUGGAAUUGGAGUUGCUUGUUCCACAGAAAUUCUGAGAGAAAGGAAGAACAUCAGUGCUGUUGUAGUUGAGUUGCUUUCAAUUCGGCAAAACUUUCUGGGAACCAAUAUACACACUACUCAAACAGAGUUCAAGUGACAGGUGCACAAGACUGAUGACUACUUUUGAAGGCCAAGUUUAUGUUUAAAACAAUGAAGCAAAUAUUUUGUAGCUCUCUAGUUGUUUGUAUUUGGCCAAAGUUUAGAAAUACUCUGUUGACUGAGAGAAAUCUUCUUCUUCAGAAAAUUGUGAUUGUCAAUAUACUUACAAAGAUAGUUAUUGGAAUUGAGUUUUGAUAUUGCUUGAUUUGAUCAAUACGUA